CACUCGCGUCGCCACCACCGCACUCCGUGAUCACGCUCUCAAGUGCCUAAACCCCAGUAACCCCGUGACAUAAAUUUCACAGCCUAAGAAAAUCUCAACAGCCCCUAAUUUUACAAAAAAAAAAUAUUUAAAAAUCCAAAACCACGUGAAUCGUGGAAUCAUCGAGGGAACGAACGUGUGUUAAUGGCGCGAAGUGUCCGCCAUUUUGCAAACCCUCUCUACCUUCCUAAAUGCCGAGGCACAAGUACCCAAGUAAUUCUCUAUCGACGUUUCAAUAAUCAUCGGUGAAAAGGCUCGAACAAUGAUUAACUGACAAUUUGCAACGAAUGAUGUUGUUGACGUAUGUUUACUGGAAAAAUUGAUUUAUUUGAACGAAAAUGCAGACCGAGAUGCUUGGUGCGAAUGAUAUCGAGGGUUUGACCGCAGAUAAUUUAAUUCCUGUGGAAUUCCUAUUUCGUGAUGAUUCACAACGAUCGCGUUCACAGGAUGCCCUGUCCAUUGUUGAAUUAGGAAAACAACUGUUGCUGAGUGCUAAACAUGGAGAGACUGAAACUGUCAGGGAUCUCAUGUGCCGAGGGGCACCUUUUACAACCGAUUGGUUGGGAACUAGCGCACUGCACUUAGCAGCUCAAAGCAAUCACGUGGAGACAGCAGAAGUGCUCCUGCGUGCUGGAAUAUCAAGGGAUGCUAGGACAAAGGUCGACAGGACACCCCUACAUAUGGCUGCCUAUGAAGGACACAACGAAAUGGCAGUUUUGUUGCUAAAUUAUGGGGCUGAUGUGGACAGCAGGGACAUGUUGAGAAUGACCCCUCUGCACUGGGCAGUGGAGAGAGAACACGAGGAGGUGAUGCACAUCCUCCUCGAUCACGGUGCUGAUGCAAAUGCCAUAAGUAAAUUCGACAAGACACCCAUUAGUUUGGCUCUAGAGCACGACCGACUGGAUCUAGUCGAUAUUUUGCAACAGGAGCGCGAGGUGCUGAGUUUGCGAGAGGAAAAACAGAGACAAGCUAAUACAGCUGAGAUUGAAGAGGCUACUCACAGUCUGAUGCAGAUGCAGGAAGCUGAGAGAAAGCAGGAGCAGCAGCAGUUUGAGUUGGAGCAGCAACUGCAACAAAAAAGAAAAAUCCAACAUCAAGCCCAACCAGUAAAAAAGCAAAAAGUCCUCUUCCAACCGAUUCACCUAUCACCGUCGAGUGAAGACGAACGAGAGAAAGAAGCAGAGUUGACGGCUAGAAUAAGUAGCAUUGAAAAUAGUACAUUUAAGAAGCGUAAAGAGAUGGGAGGACUGAGUGGUCUUGAACAGCCACUUCGGUUGCUCGAGGCCCACGGAAUUACAAUGAUCCCCGUUGACAACGAUGCUAGUAUAGUUGAGAAUGCCAUGGAAAGUGGGAGAACUGUUGUUUUAACAGAAGCCGGCAAAUUGGCCUUGAACCUGACGAGAAAUCCAUCAAUGUCUGCCAAGAAACUUCAGGAGGUACAGAUCGGUGGUACCACGUACAAAGCACGAAGGAAAGUCAUCGCGAUAAGAGCAGAUCAGAUUCUCAACAAGAAUCAACCCCCCCUCACUCCGAAAGGACCCAAUAUUCUCAAGAGAAAUACAGUUGAGAAACAAGGAAAAAUAUUUUUAACUCCAGUCUCAAAUAAUUCCAACAAUUUAUCCAACAUAACGACUCAUAAAUCAACAAUUGCACCUAAAAUUCAGAAUAAAAAUGAGGAAAGUUCUGCAAACGAACAGAACCCAAUUCUUCUAAAAUUGGAUGAUGAUAUUGAGGAAAUAGAAGAGGAAUCGUUAACAACAGAUUCCACUGAAGACCAAGUUAUGGACAUUGCCCUAUUGAAUAAACAAUUGAUAGAGGCUCGAAGAUUAGCAGCUGAAUAUCGAAAACAGUUGCAGAAGAAGGAGGAGGAGGCGGAGAUAUACAAGCAACAGUUGAAGAAUAUCACGGCACAAACUACAGCAAAAUGAAUCUCUUUUCAAACUAUUUUAUAAAUCAUUUUCACUGAUUUACCUCUUCUGAUUUUUUACUUGAUUCAUGAGAAUUUCGUGUACAUAAAGAGUCUCUUUUUCUAUAAAUAACUGUACAGAGUGCCAAUACCGUUGGUUAAUGGUGAAAAACAUUUUUGAUACUGAAUAAAUGAUUAUUAAUUAAUUCAUCAUGAUUGAUUACUCUUGUUCGCCGAGACUUUUUAGUUUUGACAAAUUGAUUUGUGAGUUUUCGUGGUAUUCAAGUGACGUAUUUGACUUUCAGGUGAUUAAUUUUCCACUCGUGUGUAUAAAAGUUGAGAAUAGGUCUUUUGAAUGCAAUAUUGAGGUUUUUGGUUUUUUGUAAUCCGCGAUUACAAUUUUACGUGUAAAUGGUAAUGAGUUCGAGUAGAUUAUUUUUAUAUGAAAAUUGGAAAAGACAAAAAAUAUUGGAAUGUGACUUGUUUUUUUAGAAAAUUGUGAAAGUCAUUGGUCAAAUUGAUAUUUGAAUAAACUUAUUUGUAUGCAAAA